AUUUAGCGAUUAUAAAACAUAACCUUAUCUUGUCAUCUGUCAUCAUAAUGUAGAAAUGAAAAAUUAAUUUAGAUAAAAUCUAAUGUCUUUUAUGAAUUACAUCCAGGGUGAAGAGGCAUUUUAUUAAUUAAUAAAAGGAACGAUUGGAAGAACCGAAAAACAGUUAGAUGGAGAAGUACUCUUUGUGGAAAGUCUAAAAUGAUCCCACAAUACCCAAAGAUAACAAUAAAACGCUUAUUAACAUAAGUAAGUACUAAAUCCAGGAUGGUUAUAAACCCUAGAACUUUGAGGUUGUCCAAUUUGACAAGAAAAUUGAAAAGAAAAAAACACUUGGAGCUAAUGUAAUGAAGUUAAUGAAAAGUGGAGUACUUACAUUUCUAUUUGCAUUCGUUUUAAUGAUUUAACGAAAUUGUUAAGUUUGAAAAACACCACUUAAUAAUUAACAAUGACGAGUUAUAAUCAGCGCAAUUAAAAUUUGCCUUCAAUUUAAUGUUGAAUGAUUAAUUAAUAACCAAUUAAGCAAGAACACAUAAAUAAGGAAAUUAAGUUAAAAUGGAUCAAUUUCAACAUGUUUCCGAUCGGAUUCGUAUUCGCCCCAAUUUUUUUAAUAUUAUUAGGGUUGAUAAUCGGUUGGUAUUACAUUUAUUUCAAAUUUAAAAGGCAUUUGAAAGGGUUACCAGGUCCUAAACAAAUUCCGUUACUAGGAAUUAUGAUUAAUGUGCGAAAUACCGUUGAUAUUUAUAAUGUUCUUUUAUCAAACAUAAGAAAAUUGGGUAAAAACAUAUUUGGGAUGCUCGGGCCGUUUCCAACAUUAAUAACAUCCGACCCAAAAAUGUUUGCGCUAAUUUUAGGAUCCCCAAAGCACAUCAACAAACCACCUUUAUAUACGACCCUAGAAAACUCCGCAGGAAAUUCGUUACUUUUAACUAAUGGAGAUGUUUGGAGGCGGCAAAGGAAAUUACUUAAUCCAGGGUUAGAUUACACGAAUGUAAUGCAAAAUAUUAACGUUUUUAAUACUCAAUCUGAUGAUUUAAUUAAAGCUUUAGAAGGAGAAAUAAAUAAAGAAUCAACCGAGUUAGAAAAUUUCAUCGAAACUUGGGCGUUAAAACAAACUUACGAAACGAUGAUGGGGAGUAACGCGCCGGAGGAAGAUCGAAACGAAUUUUUAGAAAGUAUAAAAACCGUCAUGAAAAUUGCAGUUAAAAGAAACGUCCGUCUCCAUGAAUAUUACAACAUAACCUACGUUUUCACCAAGAAUUUUUGGUUAGAACGAAAAUGCAUUAAAAAAAUUUUGCAUCACACCAAGAACAUAAUCGAGGAUAAAAAAAAAGAAAUUAAAGAAGAAUCAAAUAAAAGAGAAAGACCGAUUUUAGUCGACAUAUUAAUGAAGCAAAAACAAACCGAUAAAAACGUUACAUACGAUUUUAUCGCUAAACAACUCAAUCUUAUGGUUGCAGCGGGUUUCGAUACAAGCGGAUCCGCAAUUUGUUUCGCCCUUUACAACUUAGCAAUUUUCCCAGAAAUCCAGAAAAAAGCUUACGAAGAACUCCACUCAAUCCUAGGCGAAAACAUAAAUCAAUUCAUAACGCACCAACACGUAAAAGAAAUGAAAUAUCUCGAUUUGGUAAUCAAAGAAUCGAUGAGAAUCAAAACGACGGUUCCAUUCUUUUUGAGACAACUCAAAGAAGAUGUUGAUUUCGAAGGGAUGACUCUCCCGAAAGGAUUGACGGUUAUGUUGUUGGCUUACGCGAUGCAUUUAGACCCGGAAGUGUACCCGGAGCCGGAAAAAUUCGUUCCCGAACGAUUUUUGCAAGAAAAUUUGAAUCCGAAUCGAUAUGGUUAUGCUCCGUUUUGUGGGGGAGUUAGGAAUUGUAUUGGGCAAAAAUACGCUCAGUUAUCGAUGAAGGUUGUUUUAGCUAAGAUUUUGUUGCAUUAUGAGUUGGUUGAUGUUAAUCAUGAACUUUGUUUGGCGGCGGAAAUUACGUUGAGGUCAAAAACUGGGGUUAGGGUUGGAAUAAGAAAAAGAAUGAUUAAUAAUAAUUAAAUUAAAGAAAUAAAAUAUCAUUUUGACACACACUAAUUAACUUUUUUUAUAUUCUAAACUCUUUGAAGCUUCUGAAAAAUUUGUAUUAACUAAUAUGAAGAUGUUUUCAAUGAAUUAGAAUCAUUUUGACACCCACCAAAAAGCUUUUUCUAGUUUUUGACAUCAUUGAAAUACCUCCAAAAAUAAUCAAAAUCUUUUUUUUUAACUCUUUUAUUUUCCUGAACUAUCAAAGAGAUGUUUUUAAUCGAUUAAAAGGAUUUUGAAACACA